AUGAUUGCAAGUGUGUAUCAUUUUCUCAAGACAGAAUAUGAAUUCACGCUAAGUUUUAAAGAACCAAACUGUGAUAUUUCACAUUUGCGUAAUAUAGCAAAGCGCACUGCAGAAGCGACGGGUGUUAGUGAAAGCACCGUUCAAAGAAUAUUAAAAGAAGAAAGGGAUCGCCCUAGUACUUCUUCAAAAUUUCUGUCGCCGAUGAAAGACAGAAGAAAGAGAGAAAACAAAGUCGACAUUGAUGGGCUUACGGCUGAUUUUGUUCGGGGUACAAUACAAGAAUUCUAUAUUGUACAUAAACAAAUUCCGACAUUGCCAAAAAUACGGUCGAUCUUAAAUGAAAAACUUGGUUUCGAUGGUUGUUUAUCGACGCUUCGUAAGUUAUUAAGAAAAUUGGGCUUUACGUGGCGUAAAACCGAUAAUAAUAGAAAAGUUUUAGUUGAACGGCACGAUAUUCAAAUGUUGAGAUUACAAUAUUUAAAAAAAAUAACAGAAUACCGUUCUCAAGGACGUCCUAUUGUUUAUACGGGCGAAAGUUACGUUUUCAAAACACAUGAUCGAAAAAACACGCGUUUUGUUUUAGUUCACGCUGGGACCGAAGCUGGUUUUAUUUAUAACGCCUGUUUAGUCUAUAAAGCUAAUUCAGCAACCGGGGAUAACAAUGCCAAUUUGAGUUUUGAAAAUUAUGUAAGAUGGUUGAAUAAUAAGUUGUUGCCGAAUUUGCCAGAUCGUUCUGUGAUAGUAUUAGAUAAAGCUUCGUAUCACAAUACACGUGCAGAGAAAUUUCCGACGACUGCCUCUAAAAAGUCUGAUAUGGAGCAAUGGCUCACUUCCAAGGGUAUACAAUUCGACUCGAGUAUGCGCAAAGUUGAGAUAUAUGAUAUAAUAAAAAAAUAUAAAAGUAAUUGUAUAGCGUACGAAAUCGAUAACUACAUCAAAAGUAAAGGAUUUGGAGUACUACGCCUGCCUCCUUACCACCCUGAGCUAAAUGCUUUAGAGAACAUAUGGGGGGUUCUUAAAAACUUUGUUGCUUUAGGAGACGUGGAACAAAAUAUGAUUGAUAGUGAUACAGAAAAACUUAUUUACGAUAGUAUUGAAAAAAUAACUAGCGAAACCUGGCGUAAUGCAUUCAAUAGUAUAAUUAAGAAAGAAGCUGACUACAUGAAAUACUUUGAUACCGAAUUUGAAUUUAAUAUAAAUUUGCAAGACGAUAGCGGUGAUGAAACUGACACGGAGGACAAUACUAGUUAUGAUUCCAGUUAA